GGCUGUGCUGGUUCCAGCCUCCCGAAGCGGUUCUGAGUCACGGUGAGCCUGUGAGUCCCAGGUUUGAAGUGUGACUCUUAAGAAACAGAAACCCAAAGGCACCAGGUCUGCUCCCCAAGGUCCUGCUGUCUCUGGAAUCUGUGUGAUGACCAAGGUGGUAGGCAUGGCCACAGUUCUGGGCCCCAGGCCACCUCAGGAGCCAGUGGGGCCUUCGACCAUUAAUGCCGAAGAGGAUGAAGACAAAGACAGCUGCCGCCCUAGCCUAGAGAUAUCCCGUCAGCGCUUCAGGCAGUUUGGGUACCAUGACACUCCUGGGCCCCGAGAGGCACUGAGCCAGCUGCGGGUGCUCUGCUGUGAGUGGCUGCAGCCCGAGAUCCACACCAAGGAGCAGAUUCUAGAGCUGUUGGUCCUGGAGCAGUUCCUGACCAUCCUGCCCCGAGAGCUCCAGACCUGGGUGCAGCAGCACUGCCCCGAGAACGCAGAGGAGGCCGUCACUCUCCUGGAAGACCUGGAGCAAGAACUGGAUGAGCCGGGGCUGCAGGUCUCAUCUCCUCCAAAUGAACAGAAGCAGGCGUGGGAGAAGAUGUCAACUUCAGAAACUACAGUAGAGUCCUUAAGCAGUACCCAGGCUCAGUCCGUGGAUGCCAGCCCCAAAUAUGAGUUUUGGGGCCCCCUGUAUAUCCAAGAGACUGGUGAGGAGGAGGUUUUCACUCAGGAUCCAAGAAAGCGUCAAGGUUUGAAAUCGAAUUCUCAGAGGGAGGACUCGGCAGAUGAGCAGAGAAGUUCCGAAGAGGAGUCUCACGCAGACGGACUCAAAAGGGACAUCAUCCCUGUGAUUGCUGCCAAUAAGUACAGCAGGUCGAGGUCACAAAGGCCGUGGGCCAACAGUCUGGAAAGGGGGAGGGGAACAAAAGCUUCUCUGCAAGACACAGGUUCCAGGAAAGGGGCAGAAACUGUGUCUGCUAAGGCUGCCCCAGGAGAGAAACGUUACAUAUGUGCAGAGUGUGGGAAGGCCUUUAGCAAUAGCUCAAACCUCACUAAGCACCGGAGAACACACACUGGGGAGAAGCCUUAUGUGUGUACCAAGUGUGGGAAGGCUUUCAGCCACAGCUCCAACCUUACUCUUCAUUACAGAACACACUUGGUGGACCGGCCCUAUGACUGUAAGUGUGGGAAAGCCUUUGGGCAGAGCUCAGACCUCCUUAAACAUCAAAGGAUGCACACAGAAGAGGCGCCCUAUCAGUGUAAAGACUGCGGGAAGGCCUUCAGUGGGAAGGGCAGCCUCAUUCGACACUACCGCAUCCACACUGGGGAGAAGCCCUAUCAGUGUAGCGAGUGUGGGAAGAGUUUUAGUCAGCAUGCAGGUCUCAGUUCCCAUCAGCGCCUGCAUACAGGGGAGAAGCCCUAUAAGUGUGAGGAGUGUGGCAAAGCCUUCAACCAUAGCUCAAAUUUUAAUAAGCACCACAGAAUCCAUACUGGUGAGAAACCCUACUGGUGUAACCACUGUGGGAAAACCUUCUGUAGCAAGUCAAAUCUUUCUAAACAUCAGAGAGUCCACACUGGAGAGGGAGAAGUGCCGUAACUGGUCAUCCUGUCGUUGUCGCCGUCCUUGUUGUAAACGUU